AAGAAAUGAAGGGCCAAUCAGAACGGAACAGUUGUCAAAAGCAGAGUGCGAGCUCUGCACAAAUUGCCAUUGCUGGCAGCAAAGCAAUGGUAUGAGAACCAGAGCGAGGAAGUGUUUGUGAGAUUCUCUAGAGAGAGUGAGAGUGAGAAAGAGAGAGAGAGAGAAAAAUGGGGAAGAGACGAAGACCCAGAAAAAGAAAAGUCGAAGAAGAAGAAGAAGAAGAAGAAGAAGGGCAAGCAGAGUCAGGCUUCAAUGGCGUCCGCCACGAACAAGUGCCCAACAACCCUACUCCAUCUCCUCCUCCGGGGUUGCCAUCUUUGCCAGUGCAUUAUUCCCGUGCACGCUCAAGAUACCCAACACGAUGUAGAAAGACGAUCCUUGCUCAGGGUGCUACCAUGGGCAACAUCACUUCCAAACCUCCUUUUCAAACUCUGGUCUCAAAUACUCCAGUUUCCUCCUCAAGGUCCCCUACUCAACAUGUAAAGACGGAAAACGGCUCCCAGAAACACUGGCACUUAUGGAUGGCUAAUAGGGGUGAAACAAUAGAAAACGUCAACAACUCUGCAAAAUCCGAAGAUUGGUCCAUUCCAAAGCAAAAUGACUUGGUGGACAUUGAGAAGCUUACUUCAAAACUUCUUCAUCAAAGUCAGGGCCCAGAAAAGCACCAUCCUGCUGAUCCUCCCUCUGCACCAUAUGAGCUUGUAUUGGACAAUCAUCUUCCAAAUAUGGAGGCUACUGAGGCACCAAAUAUCAUUGAGAACAGACAUGAAGAGCGUGCCAACAAUCUUGACCAAAAGGCUGAGCCGACACAAUCUCUGAGUCUUAACAUUACAGAGAUGGCUGCAAUGAGCGAUGACUUUUCUGAUCUCGAUGAAGUUGCUUCUGCACUUAAUGUUGCUUUGGUCACAGUAAAUGGGUAUAGAGUGAAGGAAGAAUUUGCAUCUCUACUUAGGGAUAUCUUCUCAAAAUAUGGAGAUAUUGCUAAGGAUAGCUCUUUGCAAUCUGAGAGAUCACGUUCAUCUUUCUUGGAGAUGGUCUGUGGCAUCUUCCAGAGAUUACAAGGGACAAAAUUUACAGAUGUUACAGAUAUAGAGCUCAAAUCCAUGCUUGAUAUCAUUGGUGACAUUGAAUUCGUAAAACUGGAAGUUGGAUGGCUUCGUACAAGGCUUCAAGAGAUUUAUGAGGCAAAGCUACUGUUUAUGGGCUCUUCUUCCCUGAAGGAGGCGAAGACAAGAAACAGCGAAGCAAUUGGAAAAAUGGAGCAAGUGGUGGAAGGGUACCAGAUUGAAAUACAAAUUCUACAAGAGAAAAUAUCCUCAUCAGAGGACAAGCUGGCUGCAAUGAAAGCUGAGUCUGAGAAGAUCAAUGGAAUGGUCCUCAACACGAAGACCAAAGUGAAAUGUUUUCAUCAGAGGUCGUUGGUAGGUGGCCUACUGUAAUUCACUCUCUCUGUGGACAACUUCUGUGGUUUGUCUUGAACAUAGUUCAAUUUAGAUCUUUCUAGUAUGCGUGAAAUCGUUUGUGCUAAUCAUAUGAUAUUGAUGAUGAGAUCAUGAGAUGGUCUUGUGGAACUCCUAUUCUGCAUUGUCAGGUACAUGUAAUGUUUUGUGUGGAACUACUUUUUCACUAAAUAUUAAUAAUACAUGCCUUAUAUAUGAUUUCGACUGUUAAAA